AUGCUCAGCAUCCUUCAGUUCUGGGUGUUUUCCCCAUUUUUGCACACAAAAUGUGACAGGAGGGGAAGUGCUGAGGGUUGGGGGCUCUCAGACUCCUGGGGAUGGCAUUUCCCUCCUUUAUUUAUCCCUGCUAACAAAUCCUCUCUCCCCUGCCCAGCCAGCACCAGGACAAGGCCCCAGCCACCCCCUGGCCCUACAGCUCCUCCAGGCCCCUCUGCUGGCCCUAAAGGAGGUUUUUGGGGUUUUUGGGACACUGCUUUCAGAGCCUUGAUCCCACCCAGCCCUCAAAACCCAAACACCAGGAGCAGCACAUGCAAAACCACUUGGGAGCCUCCUCACAGUGUGACAGCCUUGGGGACAUUUGGGAUGUCUGGAGAGGAAUUUGGGGUUGGUCUUUCCGUGUCCCACAAGUCCAGCCCCACAAAAAAGGGGUGCUGGAUGUGCAGCAGGAGUGAGGCUGCUCAGGGCUCCCUCUGUGCUGCACUUUGGGGUUUUGGGGUGUUUUAUCCAGGCUCACCCUGCUCAGGGCCCCCUCUGUGCUGCACUUUGGGGGUUUUGGGGUUUUGGGGUGUUUUAUCCAGGCUCACCCUGCUCAGGGCUCCCUCUGUGCUGCACUUUGGGGUUUUGGGGUGUUUUAACCAGGCUCGCCCUGCUCAGGACUCUCUCUGUGCUGCUCUCUGGGUUUUUUGGGGUUUUGGGGUGUUUUAUCCAGGCUCACUCUGCUCAGGGCUCCCUCUGUGCUGCACUUUGGGGUUUUGGGGUGUUUUAACCAGGCUCACUCUGUUCAGGGCUCCCUCUGUGCUGCACUUUGGGGUUUUAGGGUGUUUUAUCCAGGCUCACUCUGCUCAGGACCUCGUCUGUGCUGCUCUCUGGAGUUUUUGGGGUUUUGGGGUGUUUUAUCCAGGCUCACUCUGCUCAGGGCUCCCUCUGUGCUGCACUUUGGGGUUUUGGGGUGUUUUAAUCUGACAAGUCAGAUCUGACACAUCCCACCCUCCUCUAGUGAAGGACAGCAGCCCUGCCACCACCAAAGGUGCCACCAAAGGUGCCACCAGAGCAGCAGCAGCACCCCACUGCCCUGGCUCUGAGCUCAGGUUCCUUAAGGCAGCUUUCAGGGGACAGCAAAGCAAAGAACAAUCCCAGAGCCAUUCCAGCCCUUCCUCCCCAGGAGGGAACCAGAGAAAAACCCGAGCAGGGGCCGCUGUGCCUGCCCCCCAUCCAAACCUGAGAGCGGCCAGGCAAAGGAGCAGAGAACCUUUGGGGGCUGGAGCUCCUGGAGGAGACACUCUGCAUCUUCUCGCUGCUGUCCCACCUCCAUCCAACAUUCCAGCAGCCAGGAAAAUGGGGGGAGGGGGGUUGAAAGUAUAAUGCAAAUCUCUUUUCUCUCUCUCUCUUUUUUUUUUUGUUGUUUUUUUUACAUAUUUACACGAGUCUGACAAUAAAAUGUGGAACACAGUGCAAAGUCUUGGCUGCAGAGCA